AAGCAAAAGUGAGGGAGGUGCAGCUGAGAAAGACACAGCCUCUUGGAGCUGUGGGGCAGAAGUGAUGGAUUCAGAGCGCGGAAAGGUGACAUUCUUCCCCUGACGGGCCACAGGCAGAACAUAAUCUGCCCUGGACUCACAUUGUUUACCAGGAAAUUGCCUUUAUCACACAAAUAGAGGCAACAUCUGUCUAAGCAGAGGUUUCAAGAGGAUUUUAGAACAACUUGACUGAUGUUUGCAGGAGAUUUUUGGAGAAGCAGGAAUUUUGUUGGACAAAUGUGGGUCUUUUGAUAAUAGAUUUUAAAAUUUUCUCCUCUGCUGGAGUGAACUGAAGGGACCAAGAGCGAGUUACUGCAUUGGGCAGAGGACAGGAAGACAGCAACAGCGACGGUUGCAAACUUGGGAUGACUUUCAACCAGAGCAAACUUCAAACACCUCUGACAACCAGGAGAAACGACUAGAGGAGCCUCAUCAGAUCAGUGUACUUAUUCUGCUUUGGUGAGUUGGACACUAACUAAUGGAGGCCCCUUCAAUAGUCCUGUUGGGGGUCCUUCUUGUUCAUGGACUAACUAUUGGCGUCCAUCAGACACACGGCAGUCUGGCAGCCAGUGGCCAUGCCAAGAGCAAGACUCAAGAAUUUGGGAGCAGCGAGGACGGUCUGGAGAAAGAGUUCCUCUAUGCUGGAAGAAGAUACAAGCGAGCUCCGGCUGAACAGCCCCAGGACAAGUGUUCCUACACUUUCAUUGUGCCUCAACAAAAAGUGACCGGAGCCAUUUGUGUUAACUCCAAGGACCCAGAGACUACACUGGAAAACCGGAUCUACAAACAAGAGUUGGAGCUGCUAAAUGUUGAGCUACAGAAACAGAAGAGGCAGAUUGAGACCCUGCAACAGUUGGUUGAGGUAGAUGGAGGCAUUGUCAAUGAAGUCAAGCUUCUGAGGAGGGAGAGCCGAAACAUGAACUCAAGAGUCACUCAGCUGUACAUGCAGCUGCUUCAUGAGAUCAUUAGGAAGAGAGACAAUGCUCUGGAGCUGGCUCAGAUGGAAACCAAGAUCUUGAACCAAACCUCCGAGAUGCAACAGCUCACCGGUCGAUACAAAGAUCUUGAACACAAGUAUCAGCACUUGGCUUCUUUAGCCACAAAUCAAACGGCUGUUAUUGCCCUGUUGGAGGAGCAGUGCCAGAGUCGACCCCCUCCCCGCUAUCAUCUGCCUAUCCCCCAGCCAAGGCCGCAGCCGCCUCCAAAGCCACUUCCACAGGCACCACCUCUCAGCAGACCGUACCAACCGCCUGUUCUUCCCAGAAACAAUCCAAUCAGCAAUGAGAUCCAGAGUGACCAAAAGUCUAUGCCACCUCUUUUACCAACAAUGUCCAUAGGCACUCACAGCCCACACAACACCGACAAGCCCUCUGGUCCAUUUAGAGAUUGUCUGCACGCUCUGGAAGACGGUAACACGGCCAGCGGCAUGUACCUGGUGAGGCCAGACAACUCCAACCGCCUUAUGCAAGUUUGGUGUAACCAGAGACACGACCCCGGAGGCUGGACGGUGAUCCAAAGGAGAAUGGACGGCUCAGUUAACUUUUUCUGGGACUGGGAAACAUACAAGCAAGGAUUUGGAAAUAUUAAUGGGGAGUACUGGCUGGGUCUGGAAAACAUCUACUGGCUGACAAACCAGGGAACUUACAAGCUGCUCGUCACGCUGGAAGAUUGGUCCGGAAAGAAGGUGUUCGCAGAGUACGCCAGCUUUAGGGUAGAGAAUGAAGCAGACUUCUACAGGCUGAGGUUGGGUCGUUACCAUGGUAACGCCAAAGACUCCCUCACCUGGCACAACGGCAAGCAGUUCACAACCCUAGACAGAGACCACGACGUAUUUCCAGGAAAUUGUGCACACUACCAUAAAGGAGGCUGGUGGUACAACGCUUGUGCACAUUCAAAUCUGAAUGGAGUUUGGUACAGAGGAGGUCACUACCGCAGCAACCACCAGAAUGGAAUCUACUGGUCAGAGUUCAGAGGAGAAGCCUAUUCGCUCAAGAAAGUAGUCAUGAUGAUCCGUCCAAACCCAAACACCUUCCUUUAAACACAGGAAAUGCACAUUGUUUCUCCCUCUACACAACAUUGGCUUCUUUUUUUUUAGUGACAAGACCAGAUGGAAAAAAAUACAAAUGAUUAAGAAAGUGCAAUAUUAAAAAUUAGCAGCCUCCUAGUUGUAUUGUUUUCCAACAUGUACAUACAUACUUGUUGCUCAGGAGAUAUUUUAAAAUAUUCUUUGGCAAACAUGACAUUUAGAUAAGUAGCUGUAGUAGGAAACCAACUGUAUGUAUUUAGUAAUUAAUGAAAGAUAGACACAGGAAACAUAUCCAGUGACUUUAAUUGAGUUCUGUGCUACAUUUGUAGUUUAAAAAAAUCCACAGAAGCAGCAAAUAUAAAAUGAGUUUAUAUCGGUUUCAAUCCUUUAGGUUUACCCACAUAAAAUAUCACCUGUGAUAAAAUACUGCUAAAAAACUAAACCAAACUUCAGGAUUUUCUUUCCACUUGCUUUGAGCCACUAUGACAGCACCUUUUAGUGGGAUUGUUGGCUAAAACCCAGGUCUGCCCGAUUAUAUAUGCAGUGCCUUGCGGAAGUAUUUGGCCUCCUUAAACUUUUCAACCUUUUGACACAUUUCAGGCUUCAGACAUAAAGAUAUGAAACUGUAAUUCUUUGUGAAGAAUCAUCAACAAGUGGGACACAAUCAUGAAGUGAAACGAAAUGUAUUGGAUAUUUCAAACUUUUUUAACAAACUGAAAUAUUGGUUGUGUAAAAUGAUUCAGCCCAUUUACUUUUAGUGCAGCAAACUCUCUCGAGAUGUUCAGUGAGGAUCUCUGAAUGAUCCAAUGCUGACCUAAAUGACUAAUGAUGAUACAUAAAAUCCACCUGUAUGUAAUGAAGUCUCCGCAUAAAUGCACCUGCUCUGUGAUAGUCUCAGAGGUCCAUUUAAAGCGCAGAGAGCAUCAUGAAGAACAAGGAACACACCAGGCAGGUCCCAAGAUGUCCCAAGCUUUAAACAUCCCAAGGAGCACUGUUCAAGCGAUAAUAUUGAAAUGGAAGAAGUAUCAGACCAAUGCAAAUCUACAAAGACCCGGCCGUCUGUCUAAACUUUCAGCACAAACAAGGAGAAGACUGAUCAGAGAUGCAGCCAAGAGGCCCGUGAAGACUCUGGAUUAACUUCAGAGAUCUACAACUGAGGUGGGAGAGUCUCUCCAUAGGACAACAAUCAGUCGUAUACUGCACAAAUCUGGCUUUUAUGGAAGAGUGGCAAGAAGAAAGCCAUUCCUUAAAGAUAUCCAUAAAAAGUUUUGUUUCAUGUUGGCCACAAGCCUCCUGGGAGACACACCAAACAUGUGGAACAAGGUGCUCUGCUCAGAUGAAACCAAAAUUGAACUUUGUGGAUACAAUGCCAAACAUUAUGUUUGGCGUAAAAGCAACACAGCUCAUCACCCUGAACACACCAUCCCCACUGUCAAACAUGGUGGUGGCGGCACCAUGGUUUGGGCCUGUUUUUCUUCAGCAGCGACAGGGAGGAUGGUUAGAAUUGACGGGAAGAUGGAUGGAGCCAAAUACAGGAGCAUUCUGGAAGAAACCUGAUAGACUCUGCAAAGGACCUGAGACUGGGACGGAGAUUUGUCUUCCAACAAGACAAUGAUUCAAAACAUAAAACAAAAUCUACAAUGGAAUGGUUCACAAAUAAGCAUAUUCAGCUGUUAGAAUUGCCAAGUCAAUGUCCAGACCUGAAUUCAAUCAGGUUUCUGUAGAAAGAACUGAGAACUGCUGUUUACAAACGCUCUCCACCCAACCUCACUAAGAUCAAAGUGUUUUGCAAGGAUGACUGAGCAAAAAAUUUCAGUCUCUCGAUGUGCAAAACUGAUAGAGACAUACUCACCCCUUUACAGCAAAAGGUGACGCUACAAAUAAGGGGACUGAAUCAUUUUGCUCCCCCAAUCAUUUUGCUCCCCCAAUAUUUCAGUUUUUUAGUUGUUAAAAAAGUUUGAAAUAUCCAAUAAAUUUUGUUCAUAAUUGUGUCCAACUUGUUGUUGAUUCUUCCCAAAAAAUACAGUUUUAUAUAUUUAUGUUUGCAACCUCAAAUGUGGCAAAAGGUUGAAAAGUUCAAAGGGACCGGAUACUUUCCAAAGGCACGGUAUGUCAUUUAGGAGAGCUUGAACAUAAGGAAAACGUGUUGGACAGUGCACCAGAAACUGCUCAGGCCCUUUUAAUCUUUACUAAAAUCACCCAUUUUUAUUGGAACAAGAUUGUUUGUGCCUGGAAUAUUUCUUGGCCUAAAACUAAAAUUCAUUUACACAUUGGGAAGCCGGAUUUCUGCUUCAACGCUGAUGUUUGUGGUCCACUGAUAUGACAGGUUGAUUCAGACACAUUUCAGAUUAAAUCUGAUCUAUCUGAACUAACAAAUGACAAAAAAAGAAAAACUCCAUUAUUUCAUCAAUAGGAAAGCAAAAGUGAAUGCAGCGGAUGAACGUAUCUAAACCUCCUAAUAGUAUCAGAAGUUUUUUUUUAAAGUCAAAAUUACUGUUCAGUUUGGACUUUUGCUUUAGAACCAUAAUUUCGAAGAUCCUCUACCAAUUUUUUCAGAAUAAAAUUCUAAUAUUUCAUGGCAGGAUGUCAUUUUUCUUCUACAGAGAAAGACAUACUGCCAAAAAAUAGUAUUUUUACUGUCCUGCUGUCUGGCACCCCAUAUGGUCCUUAGCAUCUUUAGAUGGAAAAUCCUUCUUUGAAGUUUGCCCAAAGCAGAACGUGGCUUUUAUGUGUCUUCAAACUUUCACAGUAAGAGUUCUUCUUGGCACAGAAGAACUACAUAUGCACGGUAAAGGAAAGUCUUUUUUUGUGUGCAAAAGUUAAUGUUUCGAGUGCUUUUAACUUUGGUACGCUGCAAAAACAUUAUAACUGGAAAACCGAUGUAGAUACAUUCCUUGAACUUAAACAUCAUGUCUUAGGCAUUAACUUUAUGAAUUUGAAAAAAAAAGAGAAAAGUAAUGACCAAAUGCACUCCCACAAUGAACAAAAAUGAUGACUUGCUUUAGAAGAUACCAAUGAUUUGCUUGUUUGGAUCAAAUGCUGCAUUUACUGUACAAAUUGAGAGUGUGAUGUCAGUAGAUCCGAUUCAAUGUUUUUGUACAUAAGAUAUUUGUAAUAUAAUGUACUGAAAUCUUUUUGUCGAUGUUAAGUUGCAAUAAAACAUGUACAGUUUU